GUCCAAAAAAAAAGAGAGAAGAUUCUACUAACUUGGAUAAGACUCCUACUUUUUAUCACUCAAUUGUCAAAUUUUCCUUCUUUCAUGGUGCUACACUCCACAACUUGAUUAUUUUUCUUGCAAUUCUUCACCUGCACACUUUUUUCUUUUAUGGUUAUUUAUAUUCAGUCAAAAAUCCAAUAAUCUUGAUAGAAAAUCAUUCAGUAGAGCUCAAUCUGAUUGGAAUUUAGAAGGGUUAUCUUGAAAUACUUCAAUUUGUUCUAAUCUUGAAAAAGUGUACAGCUUAAAGGUGACAUCUUUAUCUUCCCAUAAGCAAGAAAGUUCAAAAUGUUGCCUAAAGAACCAUCAUUUUGUAUAUAUAAUCCUGAUGAUGGUGUUGAAGGAAUGAUGGAAAAUCAAGAUUUAAUGAGGUCUGUGACAAUAGGGGAAAGUAUAUUAGAUAUAGGUAGUUGUGAUUUUAGUUUUGGAAAUAGGGAAAUGGGAUUAAUUGAGGAAGAUGAAAAUGAAGAAGUUGAAAAAGAAAAAGAAAGUGAACCAGUAAUUAAUUCAAUGUAUCUUGCUACUGGAUUUGGGGUUGAUGGAAAUGGUGUAAAUAGUGGUGGAGUUGACUUUGCACCUUUAGAUUUUGAUGGAAAUGGAGAUGCUGAGGAAUAUUAUAAGAGGGUUCUUAAAGAAGAUCCCUCUAAUCCUUUGUUUUUGAGGAAUUAUGCUCAACUUUUACAGUCAAAGGGAGAUCUUUCUGGAGCUGAACACUAUUACUUUCAAGCUACACUAGCAGAUCCAAAAGAUGGAGAAAUCUUGUCACAGUAUGCUAAAUUAGUGUGGGAGCUGCACCAAGAUAAAUAUAAAGCAUCGGAUUACUUUGAACGUGCAGUUCAUGCUUCUCCUGAAAACAGCCAUGUUCUUGCAGCAUAUACUAGCUUUCUUUGGGAUAUCAAUGACGAUGAAAGUGAGGAUGAAAUGAACAUGCAAAGUGAUAAGACAAAGAUUGAGGUACCUGAGGAAGCUACUGUAUCCAGGAACCUGAAUUACGAAGAAGAUAACAGACCUGUUAGCUCUCCCUUACAUCUUGCAGCAGGACUAGGAAUCGGGGAUAAUAUAUUUAGUGGUGGAUCUCCUGUUGAUUAUUCUGCAGCUGUACCUGAUAUGGACGGAAAUGCUGAGGAUUGCUAUAUUAGGAUGAUCAAAGAAAAUCCUCAUAACCCCAUGCUUUUAAGAAACUAUGCUAAAUUUCUUAGUCAGUCCAAGGGAGACCUACAAGGUGCAGAAGAAUAUUAUUCACGUGCAAUACUAGCGGAUCCUACUGAUGGAGAAACUAUUUCACAUUAUGCUAUGUUGACUUGGCAACUUCAUCAUGACAAAUAUAAAGCAUCCUCAUACUUUAAGAGGGCAGUUCAAGCUUCUCCAGAAGACAGCGACGUGCUUGCUGCAUAUGCUAGAUUUCUCUGGCAAAUGGAGGAAGAUGAAGAAGAAGAAGAUGAUGAAACAUUAGGCAGUUACAAUGGAGCACCGCUUCUUCAAGGAAUUGUGGCUGCAAAUGCAUAAAUCCCGACAAUGAAUGGAGUCAUAACCCAGCUUCCAGUUUCUCCUUUUUGCCAAUAGUAAUCAUAAUAAUAGCUUUUUCUUGAGUUUUUCGUUAAAUUUGAAGACUUAAUGCUUCCUCUUGUUGUGGAGAUCAAGCAUUCAAGAUUGAGACACGUUUUAAAUGGUAAAUGUGGUUUAUUGAGCAACAAAUAUGUGAACAGUAAUCUUAAAUCGACCCUGUAUACUGUUCUUUCUGGAAAUAAUAGCAGGAGAAUAAUGGAGACUCUGUAUUCAUCAGGCA